UUGAGUACAUGAUCCUGGCCACAAUCAUUGCCAACUGCAUCGUGCUGGCUCUGGAGCAACACCUCCCUGGAGAAGACAAGACGCCCAUGUCCAAGAGGCUGGAAAAAACGGAACCCUACUUCAUCGGGAUGUUCUGCUUGGAGGCGGGGAUUAAGGUCGUGGCUCUGGGGUUCGUGUUCCACAAAGGCUCCUACCUGAGGAAUGGCUGGAACGUCAUGGACUUCAUCGUGGUCCUCAGCGGGAUCCUGGCUACAGCAGGAGCUCACAUGAACAUCCCUGUGGAUCUACGUACCCUGCGAGCUGUUCGAGUCCUGAGACCCCUCAAACUGGUGUCUGGCAUCCCAAUCGUGCUCAAGUCCAUCAUGAAGGCCAUGGUUCCUCUGCUCCAGAUCGGCUGCUGCUGUUCUUCGCCAUCCUCAUGUUCGCCAUCAUCGGCUGGAGUUCUACAGCGGCAAGCUGCACCACACAUGCGUGGCCCAGCGCAACAUCCUGGAGAACGAGACGUGGACUCGUCUGAGUCAGAGUUUCCGUGCGGUGUGCGGGCGUGUCCUAACAAGUACCGCUGCAGGGGCACCUGGAUCGGCCCUAACGACGGCAUCACGCAGUUCGACAACAUCCUGUUCGCCGUCCUCACUGUCUUCCAGUGCAUCACCAUGGAGGGCUGGACCACCGUGCUGUACAACACGAACGACGCCCUGGGGCCCACCUGGAACUGGCUUUACUUCAUCCCUCUCAUCAUCAUCGGCUCCUUCUUCGUCCUCAACCUGGUGUUGGGGGUCCUCUCAGG